AUGGGCUGCGGGCACCCAGCACCUCCGCUCUCUCCCCAGGGCUUGCAGGACUGCAUGGCUGACCUGCUGCAGCCCUUCCAGGGAGACGCCAUCGACAUGGUGGCUGGUAUCGACGCCAUGGGCUUCAUCCUGGCUGUCGUCGUAGCUGUGCCUCCGAAGACAGAGGCAAAGGCUAAGGCACUGAAGGCCAAGAAGGCCGUCCUGAAGGGCGUCCACAGCCACAAGAAGAAGAAGAUCCGCACAUCGCCCACCUUCCGCAGGCCCAAGACCCUGCGACUGCGGCGACAGCCCAAGUGGCCUUUAACCACGGUGUCUCUCCCCUGCAGGCUGGACCAUUACGCCAUUAUCAAGUUCCCUUUGACCACAGAGUCGGCAAUGAAGAAGAUAGAGGAUAACAAUACUCUGGUGUUCAUCGUCGAUGUCAAGGCAAACAAGCACCAGAUCAAACAGGCUGUCAAGAAGCUGUAUGAUAUCGAUGUGGCCAAGGUCAACACAUUGAUUAGGCCUGAUGGGGAGAAGAAGGCUUACGUCCGACUGGCUCCGGAUUAUGAUGCGCUGGAUGUAGCCAACAAGAUUGGAAUCAUCUAAACUGCAUCUACCAAGGACUAAUAAACCCUGUGACACCAC